AUGGCCAAGACUCGUAUCGUAAUCGUCGGCGCCGGCAUCGUAGGCGUGUGCACGGCAUACUAUAUCACAGAACACAGUAAGUACGACCCCGAGAAGUACGAGGUUAUUCUGUUAGAAGCAGUUCGACCUGCUUCGGCUGCCUCUGGCAAAGCUGGUGGGCUCUUGUCCAAAUCGGCGUUCCCCCACCAGAUUGUUCCCCUGUCGUUUGACCUCCACACAAAGCUCGCAGAGCAGUAUAACGGUGCGGAGGCCUGGGGUUUCCGCUAUCUCUCGGUAGUUUCUAUUGCUGGAUCCAACGCAAACUCGCCGGAUCCCACGAAUAAACCCGACAUACCCAAGGACUUGGACUGGAUCUAUCGCGAAAAGAUGUCCGUGUGCGAGACCCUGGGAGGACCGCAAACCUACGCCCAGGUGCAGCCCUAUUUGUUUGUGCAUUUUUUGUUACGCAAGGUGCUUGAAAGAGGUGCUAAGCUCAUCACAGGCAAGGUCGAGCAAGUAAACGGCCAAGACAACGUAGCCACCGCUGUCUCGUAUCGACCAGAGGGCUCGUCAAAGUCGGACCCGCUAGUUCGGCUCGACGCAGACAAGAUCGUCAUUUGCAACGGACCAUGGGCGUCUCGCUUAGUUCCAGACAUGCCUCUGCUAGCCUUGAAGGCCCACUCGAUCACCCUCAAGCCCACAAGAAAAGUCAGCGCCUUUGCCAUGUUCACCGACUUCAGAAUCAGCCGUUCCCAGUACGUUUCUCCUGAAAUUUACGCACGAAAAGACGAGAUUUUUGUUGCCGGCGAAGGUGGCCUUGAAGAGCUGCCAGAAACCGCGAAUCUCGUCGUGCCAACCCCAGACCAAUGCGAGCAGCUCUUCGAGCACGCUGCACAGAUCUCGGAAGAAAUCCGCGGCGGGAAAAUCCAGCGGAAACAAGCGUGCUUCUUACCGGUGGUCGAUUCAUCCUCCUGUACGGGUCCUUUCAUCGGAAACACAGAUGUUGAAAACCUCGUGCUGGCGGUCGGCCACUCCUGCUGGGGUAUCAAUAACGCCCCGGGAACCGGUUAUCUUGUUGCUGAGUUACUGCUGGACGGCCAAGUGACCUCUGCCAAACUCAAGGGGCUAAUGCCAAAAGACUAUUUCAGUGCAAAAUCCACUUUAUCUUAA